AUGAACCAAGUUAAUACUGAUGGAUAUCGCCUCUGGGACUUGAGCGCGGACCCGGCAGCACAUGAACAACAUUUGAGUCUUGCUGAAGCGAUCAGGCUUUAUGGAAAGAGGGAACCGGUUGUAAAGGAUCCAAGCGGGGGCCAAUGUUUACAUUGUGGGAGCGUGGGGCAUCAGACAAGAUUCUGCAGCAAUGGCGGGGGCUCUGGGCGAAAGGACAGUGCGGGCAAUGUGUGGGUGGUUGGUUGUAAGCUGAGGUGUUUUUCCUGUGGGCAGUGGACUAAAACACAUAGCGCCAGCACGUGUCCAUUUACUCAUCCUGAUGCAAGAGGAAUUGCUAAGCGGGGGCAGCCGAGCAAGUGUUGGAACUGUGGCAAAACUGGGCACAAAGCAAACUUUUGCAAUGCCCCGCGCUAUAAGGAUGUCCACAAUGAAACGCUGCAAACUCGGCAGGAUGUCGAGAAUAAAGCCAAACCGGGGGCUUCGAGAUCAAUGUGGGACGAGCCGGAUAGUGAUGAUGACGAUAAAGCCAAAGCGGGGGCUUCACGAUCAAUGUGGGACGAGACGGAUAGCGAUGAUGAUGACGAUAUUGGAUUGGAUUAA